GCACUAAAGCGAAAGAUAGGAGUGAGCUACGAAUUCUAAGGUACCUUACUGACUGAACGGCCCAGCGCCAACUUCAUCCCACUAGAAUUGAAGGCUUCAAAAGUUCAAAUUCAUUUCCACCCUCCUCCUCCGCCAGUAAGUUCCAACGCACAUUCACAAUGUCCGCCAAGAAGACUUUUAUCGUUGAGCACCUGGACCCAGAGCUGGGACCAUGGUCGGAGCUUGAAUACAUCGCCAUUGCCAAAGAAUCUCAAGCCACCAACACUGCGUUUAUUCUUUCCAGUCUGCCCGAUGGCUUCCGAGUGCCCACCGCACUGCAGGACGUCGAGGCUUUCACAGCCGAGAAAAGGGGUGUAGAGGAGCUCUACGCUGGCAAGAAGGAGAAAGUGUGCUUGCUCGAUCCUGCUGCGGCCAAAGACCUAUGCCCAGAGGAUGGGGACGCCUUUGAGGCAUUCCUUUUUGGCGGUAUACUGGGCGACGAUCCUCCGCGGGACCGAACCUCUGAAUUGAGGAAGAAAGGUUUCGAGGGACGCAGGCUGGGACCCAAACAGAUGACAACUGAUACCGCCGUGCGAGUCACUCGUAUGGUUGUCCAGGAUAAGAUCGCCCUCGACAAGGUCCCUUAUACAGACUUCCCAGAGCUGAAGUUCAGCCAACAUGAGAGCACCGAGAUGCCCUUCCGAUAUGUGGCAGACAAGGACGGAAACCCUAUCAUGCCCGAGGGAAUGAAGGAGCUGAUACAAAAGGACGCUGACAAGGCUCUUGACGACCUAUUCUAGCUUGCACCAUAGCACAUCACAGAACAGGGA